CUGGGCUCCGCGUUCUGCGCUCGCCCGGGGACGUCGCAUUUUAAAAGCUCAGCACUGUGCUGCGCGGGCGUUCCUUGCCCAACACAGCUAAAGAGUAGGAUGUCACUUCGCGGCCGCUGGGAGUCCCUGCGGCUCGACGCCGAUGCCGUCCUCAGUAGAGCAGGACCGGCCUUCACAAAAUGGGCGCGGGCGGCCGGCCCGCGCCUCGCACAGACAGCGCAUGACUGGGGUCCGCGCCUCGAGCGGAUGGGCUGGGCCCUCGUCGAGCUCACGGCCGGGCCGAAGCGAGCGAUGAGACAGCUCGCGCUCGCUGUAUGUCUACAGUGCGGCGUCGUCGCCUGGCACGUUUUAAGAAAGGGACGAACCAGCCGACGCAGCAAAGAGGAACAAUCACUAAUAGACGCUUUGGCCCGCGCGCCCACCCAGGACGCGUGGGGCCGGGCCGCGGCGGCGCUCGACGCGGCCGACGGGAGCGACGCCUGGCGCGCUAGAGGUGGCAGUGGCGAGAAGCUGUUGGAUUCCAAAAGAUUGGCCGAGGCGACGCAAAGGCUAGCGCAGAUCCCGCGGGGGCGACGGGGCGGAGUGCAUGGCGCGAUGUACGCGUUGCGGGGCGGCGCUUUACUAUCAAGGGGCGCUCAUGGGUUGUUAGAACCGCGGCUUCACGCAAGAGCGCGAGCCGGCGGCCCCGCGCUGGUGGAGGCUUAUUUAACGGCGGCCACGGCGGCGCUCGAAUACGUCGCUACAGCCCAGGACCCGACGGUGCCCAUUGAUGCUCGUUUAGCUUUUUUUAAUGAGUGCCGGCACGCGCACGGUCGGACGGCAUUGUUGUUGUCGGGUGGCGCGGGCAUGGGGAUCUAUCACUUGGGUGUUGUGCACGCGUUGAGACGGGCCGGGUUGUUGCCGAGAGUCGUCUCGGGCGCGUCCGCUGGUUCUAUUGUGGCCUCGUUGCUAUGCUGUCGCGACGAUAAGGAGAUCGAGGAGUUGUAUGACGCCGUAAAGAGGCAAAGGGGCAGGAAUCUUGAUGACGAGGCUAUUGAUGAACUCGCAAGUGAUAAGGUCGCGGUGUACUUCGGCGAGGCGCAUCCUACCGUGAAUUUGCCACGAACGACCUCACGAGAGACAUUUCGCAAAUUAGAACAGAAAGCUCAUACAGUAUACCGAUUGGAUUUCUUCCGCUGGCGGUCGGCAGCAUCUUUAAGGGAUGACCUGCUAGCUGGUUUGAGAGGCAGACGCUUGCGAGAGCCGGCGGUCAUGAACGGCGACCACCUCGCGGAAGUGAUCCGAGCGGACGUCGGUGGUGACGUCACGUUCCAGGAGGCGUUCGACAAAACGGUGCUGAGUCAGCGUAGAAAAUGAACUUGAACCUGACGUGAUCGCGGCGAUGGUGUCUUCAUGAGACUGCACCGCCUCGACGUCGUCGACGCGGCCGCCAGAGCGCCCACGCGCCUCGUGAGAGAGUUCGCGGUCGUUUCGCGACGGUGCCGUUCCCACACAGGGGCGGAUCCUAAACAUCCCCGUGAAAGCUAUCGACCAGAUCGACGACACGCGGAAGGUGCACGUCAGGAUGCUCAAUUACUUGACGGCUCCUCAUGUGGUGGUCUGGUCCGCUAGUCGGGCGUCGUGCUCCGUGCCGGGUGUCUAUGCUCCGUUUCCCUUACUAGCGCGGGAUCCGGACGGUUCUUUGAGGUACGAGGGCCAGGAUAGUCACGACGAUCAUUUCGAACCGACGCUGUAUGUGGACGGGAGCAUGGGUGCCGACUUACCCAUAGAAACGAUGAAGGCCAUGUUUAACUGCGACCACUUCAUCUGUUCGCAAGUCAAUGCGCAUGCCGCGAUUCUGGGUGAUUCAGCUUUGAGAUUGACUGGUGCGGAGGCUCCUGGUGUUCUGGAGGACCGAGUGUCGUUGAGGACGUGCCGAGAGACCCCAGGCGUCGAGGACGCCGCGUUGGCUGGUCUGGCCUUCCUAAAGCACCAGUUGAAAGCGUGGGUGGCCGCCGGCGCUAGGUUUUGUGCUACAUUGCAAUUAGGUAGAGCGGCCACUGCGAUCGGCGCCGAUUUGAUUCCCUGGCAAUUGGGUGGGUGGGGCCUCGCUCUGUUGACACAACCUUAUGAGGGUAGACCCGAGGACGUGACCAUCGUGCCCUGGGCCGGCCACCUGUCGUUGUUCGGUUCUGUACUCAGUUCAUUGACGAACGCGACCGGAGAUGGUGCUCUGAGACUGGAAGCGGUGCUGGAUGCUGGGGAAAGAAACACGUGGCGGGAGCUGCCCAAGAUCAGAGAUCACUGUGCGGUCGAGGUGGCCCUGGAGACGGGCGUGCAGCGAUUGCGACGAUCUUUGCUCGCGGCGCGCCGUUCGGGAUCGCCGCAGACGGCGUCGUUAGGUCGCACUCCCUCAUUCUACACGUCGCCCUCUCUCCUGCAGCUGAGCGGCCUGAACGUCGUCGAUCCCGCGUUAAACAGAAGCGCCGACCCCGACUCGCCCCCGUCGUCCGGCGAGGACGGCUUCGUCGAGGUGCCGAAGCAGCGGCCGCGGUCCCAGUCCGAAUCCGGGCCCAUCCUCAAGUCCAUGCACAUGGCGAACUUCUACUACCGCCACAGCAACCGGAGCUCGCGGUCGCUGAACAGCCAGCGGUCGGUCUCCGAGCAGUCCUCGCUGGACAACUACUUCUAAGACAAGACUUGUGUGAUUUACUACUACUAUUCCCAUUCCUGCCUCUGCUCGACGGCGUGGAGGUCGACACCGAGCAACGGACACAGAACGAGCCAG